AUGAAAGUAUUAAAACAUUCCAAACGUCCAUUAGUAAAUGUAGGAAACUCACGAACAACAAAAUACCGAAAAAAAAUCCAAGCAAUAGAAAAUCAAAAGAAAAAUGGACAAACACUCUAUCAACUAUUAAAUAAUAAAAAUAAUACUGGUGGUGGUUCUUCUGAUAAUAAUUUUGAUAGUGGUUCCUCCGGUGAUGGUUUUUCUGGUGGUUUCUCCAGUGGUGGUUCUUCUGGUGGUUCCUUCAGUAGUGAUUCUUCUAGUGGUUCUGAUGGUGAUUCUAAAUCCAAUAAUGCUAAUAAAAAUGCAUUAAUUAAUAGAAUUAAAAAUAAACUAAAACUUGAAAGUGAACAUUUAACUCUAGGAUAUAAGUUGCGACUUAUAGCCGUUCAACAUUAUUUACAACUCCUUAACAAAAGGCACGUGAAGUUAGAAGCAAGUCAGAUUGUUGCAGACCUAUUAAAUCAAGGAAUAUGGUUUGCUCGUUGUGUUAGAAGUUGGACUAAAUCAUUUAUUGAAUAUGGUGAUGUUUCUAAUAGUAAUCGUGAAAAAUAUCUUAGAAAAAGUAUUAUUGACAAUGAAGAUGUUCAAUUAAAAGUAACAUCAUACUUACAACAACAUAAAUUUGAUAUUACCAUUCACAGUUUUUGUGAUUAUAUUGCCAAUGAAAUUUUGCCUUCUAUUG